AUGGAGAACAGCAACCAAACCCAGGUGACAGAAUUUAUUCUAGUUGGGCUUUCUCGUGAUCGCAGGACUCAAUUGUUCCUUUUUGUUUUGUUCUUAUUAAUGUAUGUGAUAACCGUUUUUGGGAAUACUGCUUUAAUAGGUACAGUUAUAGCUAGCCCUAAUAUCCACACCCCAAUGUACUAUUUCCUCUGCCAUUUAUCCUUUCUGGAUUUAUUCUACUCACUGAGCAUUAUCCCUAAGAUGUUACUGGACAUGGUUUCUGUAGAAGGUGGAAGAAUAUCAGUAAUCGGCUGCAUGAUACAGAUGUGUACAUGCCUUUUCCUGGGACAGACUGAAUGUAUCCUUCUCGCUGUAAUGGCGUAUGAUCGCUACAUUGCAAUAUGCUUCCCCUUACGGUAUACAGUCAUUAUGAGCUGGAAGUUGUGUAAGAACAUUACCGUUAUUAUCUGGGUGGGGAGCUUUCUACAGACGAACCUUCCAAUAAUUUCACAGCCUCCUAACUUCUGCCAUGAAAAACAUAUUAAUCACUUUGUAUGUGAGAUCUUGGCCGUUCUAAGCCUCGCGUGUGGAAACAUUUACCUCUUUGAAAAAAUGAUCUUUUUUGGAAGUUUAUUUACACUUUUAGCCCCUUUUGCAUUUAUUUUUGUGACAUAUAUUUGUAUAAUAAUAGCAAUAUUGAAGAUCCAAUCUGUUGAUGGACGGACUAAGGCUUUUUCCACAUGUGCCUCCCAUCUGACUGUAGUAUGUAUGUUUUAUGGAACUAGUAUGACCAUGUACCUGGGACCAAUGAAAAAUGCUUCUGAAAAACAUAAAUAUGUCACAAUUAUAUAUGGUACUAUAACACCAAUGUUGAACCCUUUGAUUUACAGUUUGAGAAACAAUGAGGUUAAAAAAGCUUUCACGAAAAUAUUUCCCCAUAGUAAUGUUUGA